GCAAUCUCCAAGAUGCUCCGUUUCAUUAUACUACACUUUACCAGAAAAUAAGCAACACGUGAAGAAAAUGGCAAUUACAUCGACCAACACGCCCUACAAGCUGCGAAAGAGGGGCGAUCGCUUGUUCUUCGAAAAGAAUGGGGAGACUAUAUCGCCCUGGCACGAUAUCCCUUUGUUUGCAGACAGCAAAAAGGAAACAGUGAAUAUAGUCGUUGAAAUCCCGCGGGCGACAGACCUGAAAAUGGAGGUCUCCAAAGACGAACAGAACAACCCCAUCAAGCAGGACGUUUCUAAAGGAAAGCCAAGAAUGAUUGCCGAUGUGGUCCCGUUCAAAGGCUACCCUUGUAACUACGGCGCAUUACCACAGACCUGGGAAAGCCCCGACAUAAAAGACACCGAAACCGGAAUUCCAGGAGACGACGACCCGCUAGAUGUCUGUGAGAUUGGGGACAGAGAGUCCUAUUGCGGGGAAGUCAAACGAGUAAAGCCGCUCGGUGCCUUUGCGGUGCUCGAUGAAGGAGAGACCGACUGGAAGGUUGUAGCGAUCGAUGUGAAUGAUCCGCUGGCGUCAAGGCUAUCUGAUGCCAAUGAUGUGGAGGCUUCGUUCCCAGGAUAUCUUGAUUCGCUGAAGACCUGGUAUCGUGUGUAUAAGGUUCCGGAUGGGAAACCGGAGAAUGAUAUUGCUCUUGGGGGGGAGGUAGAGGACAGGAAAUUCGCGUUUGAUCUGAUAGAGCGCUGCCGCGCUGAAUGGGAAAAGUCCCGGAAGGGUUAUCCUGGUUGAAAACUCCCAUCAUUAUGGAUAUUUUGUGCUUCCAGAAUCAUGUUUCCAUUGGCGUUAGUCGCAGUCUACUUCUAUCUCAUAAUAGCUAAGUGUCCGGUACCAGUCCAGUCGGACCGCGCGAACCGUAUAUACUUCCGCCAUGACUGUCCGUUCUAUCUUUAGCUGAACGGAGCCGGGCUUUGAGAUAUAACAAGAACAAGCGGAGAUUAACUCCAUGAAUAUUCCC